UUACCUGGAGGCUAAGCUUCAAGAAAUCUUUCCCUUACUAAGGCAAAAAUGCUUCAGUGUUACUUGGAAAGAUGAGGAUGGUGAUGAUAUUACUAUUUCUUCUGAUGAUGAAAUGAUAAUUGCAUUAUCAUCUAUGACUGAUACUGUCAUGAAAUUGAAUAUUUACUGUAGUGAGGAUGAGCCUCAGGAAAUUAACAUUGAUGUGGAGAUUACUGCUUCAACUGAGGAUGCUACUGGAGACAAAAAUGCAGUUCAUUGUGGGGUUGUUUGCGAUGUCUGUGAUGUACCAGUGGCGGGAUUCCGUUACAAGUGUGCUAUAUGCCCUAAUUACGACCUCUGCUCUAAGUGUGAGACAGAUGGCCAUCAUUCUCAGCAUAUCAUGGUGCGAUUUCCUAUGCCAAAAAUGUCUCGAUCAUUGGUGAAGGCAGCUAUGAAACGUUCCCGUCAUGUUAUGAAGUCUAUGAACAAUGCUGCGUCAGAUGUUAAGGAACUUUACGAAAGAGCCAAAUAUGAGAGAAGUUGCGAGAAGAAGCGUCAUCAUGGUCGAGGCGAACACUCUCGCCGCUCUGCGCCAUCCUGGUUAGAUAUCUUCAACUCAUAUUUAAAUGAGUUUGCUGAUCUUGCUGGCAAUGGUGGUCUUGAUACCAAUAAAGAUAAGUCUCCGAAACCUGCUGAAUCAGGAAGCCAACAGCAAACUCAAACCGGUGAGAAUGCUGCAACAUCCACAUCUAAACAAGAUGGAGAAGCUGCUGAGUCAGAGCCUCCUUAUGCUGUUAACAUAGAUAAGGACAAAGUUAAAAAUUUUCUUCGAGUACUAAAUGAAAUGCGUGAUGUAGACUCGGAAGGUAAAAAGGUUGAGCAGACGAAUGUGGAUGCUGUAGGAGGCACGGGAACUUCUGAUCAAACAUCUAAAGCUGUCGAUGAGAAUGCAAAGGCUGAAAUAUCAUCUACAACUAAGGAUAUCAAUGAAGCUUCAACUUCCAAAGAUGUGUCUCCUGAGAGGGCUACAGAUGAAUGGACUGUGAUUAACAAGGAAAAAGAUCUGAUAGAUAUGGAACAGAAACCAAUGGAUACGGAUCAGAAUUCAAAGGAUAUGGAACAGAAACCAAGUGCACCACCACAAAAAAAUGUGCCUAUCGGUUACACUCUGCCUCAAGAAUUCCAACAGCAUCUUCACAUUUCGAAGGAGCAACUUUACCCUCCACUGCACACUGCUACUGCUGUGUUGAAUCCUAAUGAGCCGCAGAUGACCCCAUGGGAAAUGUUGACUAAGCGAUGGGAGACUGAAAUUGCUAAACGUAGAGUGCAAAAUGACUUUGAAAUUGACCCGAUCCAAACUGAGCCUCAAUAUCAAUCUCAUAGCUUCAGGUCCAAUAACCAAGCUACAAGACAAGAGCAGACUCAACCUCAGAGCUUUAUGCCCAAUAACGAGGCUAAGACUGCAGCACAGCAAACACAACCUUGGGGUUUCAACCCCAACCAUGCUAAGGCUGGACCACACCAGACUCAAACACGUGACUUCAACCAGCCUAAGGCUGGACAAUCACAACCAAAGGGAUUCAAGCCGAAUAAAGCCAAUAACGACAAGUCUAAGGCUGGACCGCAGCAAACAGAGCCGGCUCAGAGUUCCCAUAUUAAGCCGCAUAUUGCUGCUGCGAUACAGCAGAUGCUGGCUAUGGGGUUCAACAACGAGGGUGGCUGGCUCACACAACUGCUGGAAGGCACUGGGGGCAACAUCGCCGCAGUCAUUGAACUGCUUACACCAGUUAAGCCAAAGUAGAUUCUAAUACAUUCUAUUCCGCUCUUUUCAAUAUUGUAGUGAAAUAUAUUCAUAUUGCUUAAUCAUAGAAAUUUAAAUAUUCAAUUUGUCAACGCAUAAUUCGAUAUUCAUAGCAUCGUAAGGUAGUGGAGAUAUUUGGUGUUUAAUUCAUAUUUGAUCAAUAUUUACUUCUCAUAGAAAUUUAAUCUUUAAAGGCAUUAAUAUUCUUAGAAUUAUAAGGUAGUGGAAAAAUAUUUUUGGUGUAUAAUUCCUUUUAAAUUCAUAUUUAAUCAAUAUUCAUGUUUUAAACAUUUUUAUUCUUAGAAUUAUAUGGUGGUAGAAAUAAUAUAAAUGUAUUCUUUAGUAACUUAGCUAUCCCUUUAGCUGAAAUAAGUAAAAACAACUUUUCUGCAGCUAAUAUGCUGGUCUGGUAGAAACAUUUCGAGAUUAUAAUUUCGUACAUUGAAAUAAUAAUAAAUUUGACAUGACAUGUUAAUUAAGAUUGUAAAGCACAUGGAAAGUGAUCAAAUUUCUGUCUUAAUUAUUUGAUUGCAUUUGGUUUUUCUUAUAUUGUGAUGUAUUGAUCUCAACCUUUGAUAAAAAAAUUAGAGAAAGAUUUACCAUUUAUCUGUUGCUUAGUUUUUUUUUAUAUAGAUAUUUAGUAUACCUACUAUGUAGUAUGCAUAAUUCUGUAUAUUCUAUAUCAAUAAAUAAAUAAAUCUUAAAGAUC